AUGGAAUCCCAAUUGCCCUCCGAAAAAACUGUUUCGUCCAAAGCUUCAAAUGAAGAAGAAAAUUCUCCUAAAACCCCAGAAACAUACAGAAAAAUAAUUUCAACUCUUCCCAGAGAAUAUGGCUGGAAGGCUCACGGCGAUCUUUGCUUGUACCAAAACUUUUGGUGUUUUUCCUACCUAAUAGAAGGCUCCAUGUUUGCUCAAGAUCACUACAAUGCUCAGCCUACCGAUAUUUUUCUGUGCAGCGUUCCGAAAAGUGGCACCACUUGGCUCAAGGCCCUCACUUUUUCUAUCGUAACUCGAACUCAAUUCGACAAUUCCACCACCCCAUUGCUCUUCCAGGGUCCCCAUAAUUGCCUUCCCUUACUAGAAAUAGAUUUUUACAGGAAAGGAAUGAAGCCUGAGCCAGGAACUCUACCGCUUGUGGCCUCCCAUUUGCCGUAUUCUUCGUUGCCGAAAUCGGUGAUUGAUUCAGGGUGUAAGAUCGUUUACGUCUGCAGAGAACCGAAGGAUGCGUUUGUUUCUGCUUGGCAUUUUACGCGAAAGUUGCCGCAUGGAGUUGAAGAACCGAUGUCCCUGGAGGAGGCUUUUGAGUUGUUUUGCAAUGGAGUUUCUGAUUUUGGGCCAUAUUGGGAUCAUGUAUUAGGGUUUUGGAAAGCAAGCCUGGAACGGCCUGAGAAAAUAUUGUUCUUGAAAUAUGAAGAGCUGAUGAAGAAGACGGUGUUUUAUGUGAAGAGAACGGCGGAGUUCAUGGGAUAUCCUUUCUCCUUGGAGGAAGAGAAAGAAGGGAAAAUUCAGAGUAUAGUUGAGUUCUGUAGUUUUGAGAAGUUGAGCAAUUUGGAGAUCAAUAAGACCGGAAAAUAUUCUGAGGAUAUUCCUGUUGAGAACAAAACAUUAUUUCGGAAAGGUAAAGUUGGAGAUUGGAAAAAUUAUCUUACGCCUGAGAUGGCCGAACGUUUGGAUGGAAUAACGAAGCAGCAAUUGGGUGAAUUUGGUUUGUCGUUUGAUGCGUCAUAGAAUUAUAAUUAUGAAUGGAGAAGAUGAUUAAUAAAAGAAAAAAAUUCAUCUUUCAUCUUUCAAACCAAAUAAAGUGUGUAUCGCGUGUCGUCUGCCUUCUUCAGCGUUGUUUUCCUCUGCCAUCUCUCUUCAUUGCCAUCUAUUUCUUUUACCAUGGGUUUUGAGGCUGGUUUUGAAGAUUUGAAUACAUUUCAGUUUAAGGAAAAAAAAAUUUAGUUGUGACUGUUUAUUUGAUUCAUUGUAUAUAGUUAUGAUAAAAUCUUGUGUUAAUGCACUUAAUUUUGGGUUUAUGGUUGAAAGUUUUGUUUCAUGGUUAA